AGCGUUCUGUGUGAAGAUUAUGCACUUCAGUGUCUGAGCGUGUAGCAUACCUAUUUGAAUACCUGUGUCUUUCAGUGUGUAUUUAUUUCCAAUGAUAAAGAAGGAACAUGUCUGAAGGAGUCACUCCUUCUCGAAGCAGGACUCGGAAAUCGUCUAAUUCCUUUUUGCGAAAUCAUUCCUCUUUCAAGAACGGCAGAUCUAAAGACGAGGCUAAGUGCGUGGUUUGUGGUGUCUACGUGACGGUUUACCGUGGAACUUGUGAUCUUAACCUACAUCUUAGAUCGGAGGGACAUCGAAAAGCUGCUCAACUAGCAUCCUCGCACAACAAUAUGCUCAUGACUCUGUGGAGUUUCCUCUAGAAGUACCAACGUUUCAACCAUCACCAUGGGUAGCGGAAUGGGGCUCUCGGCGUUGACGCUCCUGCUGCUGGGGGCGGUGGAGCUCUGCGGGGGCUACAAGGCGGGGGCGCCGCGGUUCGCCUGCCGGACGAUGACGCCCGGGCACGGGGCGCCGGCCCAGAGCGACCUGGCGCCGUACACCCUCUCGGCGGACCCGGUGGGCCCGGCCGACGGCGGCCGUGUCCGCGUCAACCUCGUCGCCCCGCGCGGCGCCUUCUUCGUCGGCUACCUCAUCCAGGCCCGGAACCUCAAGACCGAGGAAGCCGUCGGCUCCUUCGUCCGCGUCCCGCAGGACGCCUCCCUCAUCGACUGCGACAACCACAAGGGUUCAGCCAUCACUCAGAGAGACAACAAAAGGAAAAGGACCGUCGACGUGGAUUGGGAAGCGCCUGACGGCUGGAACGAUGACGUACAAUUUUUGGCAACAGUCGUUUUGAAUUACACGACGUUUUGGACCAAGAUGGAGUCCGAUGCGAUACAGAUCGUCAAGAGAGGAGCUCCGCCCCAAAGACCUGCCGACGUCAAUGCUCCGCAAGACCAGGACUUGAGCGCUUGGGAAAACCAACUUUACUCCGGGUGCGGCUCGACAAAGAAUUGCGUGGGCGCACCGCCCAACUGCUUCCAAUCGAAGACGUGUACCGCCGUCGGGACGAUUUCCCGCCAGAGCGACGGCAACUUCCUCAUCGAAAUGCUCGCCAAAAACAGCAAAUACGUCGCUUACGGAUUCUCCGACGACAUCAAAAUGGGUGGAGAUGCCGUCAUUGAAUGUGAGGGUGGUGACGAUGGACGAGUCCAAGCUUUUAGAUCCUGGAAUGUACCUAACAAUAAGAAAAAUGUCAGGAGGCCAGAGGACCAGGUCGACUUUUCCUUGCAACGCUCUCUACGCUCUGAUGGCGCCAUCGCGUGUUCUUUGGUGCUUUCAUCACAAUUCUCAGCUCUUGACUCUGAAACUUUCCGUCCCAUUCAGUUUGAUCUGGACAACAAUGAAUAUCAUGCACUCCUUGCUGCCGGCUCUGCUUUGAAACAAAACACAGUUGGGUUCCACGAUGUAGCGUAUGUCAGCUCUCCGGAGAAAAAAGUCCUCUCAAACUAUCGCAAAGUAAUCAAACGGGAUGAGAUAUUCGAUGGGUGCGGCGCCACCAAGAACUGCUUUGGGAUACCUCAAGGUUGUAUUGAACUCCAGUCUUGCACUGCUGUUGCAACGUUCAUGGUUCAAGGCACGAGAUAUAUUUUUGAAAUGAAGGCAAACGGAGCUGCGUAUGUUGCUGUUGGACUUUCAGAGGAUAACAAAAUGGGAGGAGAUGCGGUCAUGGAAUGUGUACAUGAAGGUAGUGCUUCUUCCAACAGCAUCCGUGCUUACACUAGCUGGAACAAGCCUGGCGACAAAGCUAAUGAACGUUUGGGUGAAAACGGAAUAACACUUCUGAACGGAACAUACGUUGAUGGUACAAUUUACUGUAAAUUGAUCAGAGAUCCUGUAACCACCGUCAAAGGCAAAGUUUUUGAUCUGACUCGAGAUGAAUACAAUGUUUUAUUAGCUGCUGGGUCUACGCUGAAACCAAGUGGUGUAGGCUAUCACGAUGUGGCUGUGGAUGCGACUGCUCAAAAGAAGGCUUUGUCAGAUGUCAGUGCUUUCACUGCCAGUACAAAAAUAUUCGUUCACUUGCACGGAGUUUUCAUGGUAUCCGCCUGGAUUGGAGCUGCCAGCAUUGGUAUUGUUCUAGCACGGUACUACAAGCAGACAUGGGUUGGAAGUCGACUGUGCACAAAGGACCAGUGGUUUGCUUGGCAUAGAUUCUUAAUGGUCAUAACAUGGUUGCUGUCAGUAUCCGGUGGUAUCAUCAUAUUCUACGAGGUCGGUGGCUGGGUGCAGGGACCCAGCGAAACGCACGCUCUUCUUGGAGUCAUAACAACAUCAUUGGCAUUCAUUCAGCCAAUCGGUGCUUACCUGAGACCUCACCCUGAGUCUAGCAAACGAUGGGUAUUCAACUGGCUCCACUGGCUCAUCGGGAAUGGAGCCCACAUUGUUGGAAUUGUAACAAUCUUUUUAGCAGUUGAGAUAGGAAAAGCUGAGCUACCUCCUUGGACCGACUGGAUUCUAGUCGCAUAUGUUGCUUAUUACGUUCUUGUUCACCUAAUUCUAUCAGUGUCCGGUUGCAUGAGCGAACAACAAAAGCAACAACGAGUCAACUCAUUCCCAAUGAAAGAUAUGCAUCUGAGCAGGAGUCCGUCAUACAUCGAAAGGAAAUCAGAUGCUCCGUAUUCUGGUUUCCGGAAGUUCAUUCUGUUCCUGUACGUCUUAGGAAUCAUCGCUGUAACAGCCGUCUUAAACGUCAUGAUAGUUUAUGCACCCAUCGAAAAGAAUUGGGACUCCAUGAAAGAAAUGAUCAUGCCUUAAAUUUAUAAAUAUACUGUUCAGUAUUGUAUAUAAUAUAGUGAAAUAUAUUAUAUAUAAUGUCGCACUGUAAAAAUUGUAAAUACCAAGCCACCAUAAGUAUCUGUAAAUAGGGCAGUGCAAUUUUUUUAACCAGCAAGCGUUUUUUGUACCAUAGCAGUAUUUUUUGUAAAUGAAGAUUGAGUUGAGUUCCAGAAAAUUUAGGCACGUGAUGCAACUAAAAAAAACAUUCCUCCAGUAGGACUGCGGCUUAAAAGAGAUUCCCUAAAAUAUGAUUAAUUGUCUAACUUUAUUGCGUUUUUUUUUCUGCUCUUAAAAGAGCUUAACUAUUCAAAUAAGUAGUCAGUUCCCUCUUCUGCGGGGAAAAAAAACACCAGUGCUAUCCUGGAGACACUGUUUAAUUUUAUCAACUCUAUCCUAGGAAGCAUAUACCUCUUGAGGCAGUGUUAUUGCAGUAUGGUUUUCAAUCAUUGAAUGAUAUUAGUAUGUUUUUAUAAUGAUAGAUAAAGAGAGAAUUUUUUUUAACGUGAUUGCUUCUCAUUUUUUCUAAAAAACUUUUUAAAAUCCUUGCAGAUCCUCUCAUUGCACAAAAAAAUUUCCAUUCUAAGUAAAUAAUUAUCCACCAAAAAUGAUAGUCAAAGAUUUUCUUUAAAUUAAUACCUGAGCGAAUGGAGGAUGCAAGUUUUGUUGUUUUCUGACAAUAAACCGUACUGAAUUUUUGUUCAAAGCUAUAUGAAUUGUUAUUGCUCCCUACUUAGUCACUUGUCACUUUUCUACUUAUGAAACAAGCUCCCUCUGAAAAUGGUUGGAUUUAACAUUAAUUUAAGGAGCAUUUAUUUCAUUUUCGUGCUCAAUGUACUGUAUUAUUUUUUUUAUGAAGGAGUUCUUUUGUGCCCUCAACACCGUUUUUCAAAUAAGUCGAUGGGUGAACCUUUAGAGAAACGGAUGAAGAAUCUUGGUUCCAAGAAACCCAUGCAAGAUUAAAUCCAUACCAUAAGUAUUUGAAGCGCAAUGAAAUAUUGAAGUUGCAACAUAUCUAAAUUUUAUAAAAUGACAUUUCAAUUACAAAUCAGAAUUUGAAUUGACUUUUUUUUCUCAAAAGCUGUAAACAUACAUUCACUUGGCUUAAGUUUGUAGAGAUGGGUGUCUUCUGUAAACGCGGAUAAAACAUAUCUGCUGUAGAAGUGAACUUGUACAUAAAAACAAUUGUAUUGUCUCUCUAACGUAAAAUGAAUGUCUCUUCGUGAUGAAGGAGAAAAGAUUUUCAUAUAUCUUGUUAACCUCCUUUGACGUCUGAAAGAAGUUUCAGAGGUGGAAUAAAUAUUGAUCUUUAUUGCUGUCGUACAUUUCUUCAACAUAAGUUUUUAUGUUACCUUGUUUAUUUUUUUGUGUAGGUUGCAUGUAUAUAUUUAAUUCGAUUUAGAUACAUACAUUUUCAGUUUGAAAUACCUGAUUACAAAAUGCAUCUCUUAUUUUAAUGAAGCAAUCCAUCAACGAACCUUCAUUUAAGAGCCACGAAGUAACCAUUUAAAAUUUAACAAUACCAUUACGUAGAUAUUUUGUGAGUUGAUCAUAAUUUACAGAGAACUUGCAUAUAUAUCAGGCAAAAUUUCACAUAGCUUACAUACUUUCUCGUUCGAAGUUAAUUUUCAAAGCUCAGGCCUUUACCCGAAGUUAUUAUCUGGAACAAAAUUUAAAACUUUUCAAUUUUGCUUUUUGCUCUUUGUAGCGCUCCUAAAAGUUAAAUUCAAAUUGUCUUUUCUCAUUUAAAAAUAUCUCUUUGAAAAUUCCUUCCGUCGAUAAUUGAUGAAAAAAUAUUAUCGUUAUUGAUCAACAUUUUUUGUUGAAAUUUUUUUUGUAAGUAUGUGUGGUGUGGCUAUCAUAAGUAAUGCAAGGAACUCCCGUAAUUCAAUAAUCUUUACUGAGAUUCGUGUGUAAAAAUUACCGAUGGCUUGUACAAGAUUUUGAAACUCUUAGAUGAGGGUGCUUUUGUUCUUGUAAACGCAUCUGUUGCCAUUAAAUGUCUAAUUUUAUUGGUUCUACUUAUACGCUUGGAGCAACAAAAUACACAUUAGGGACAGAAAAUCAUGCCAUUUAAUCUAAAGCUCAUAACCAUUUUUGAAUCUUCAAUAAAUUAGGUUUUAUGUAGCAAGGAAAAAAAUAAAUUUAAAAACUGCUCAGAGAAGAAAUGGUGAAAGGGAACGGCUCGUCAAAUGCAUAGUGGCGCAGACAUGAUAAUGCUGGAAUUAGAGCUAUAGAUUGAAUUUUAAUUUUCUACAGUAUUUUGCUGCUCCAUGCAGCUCUUUUUUUCCUAUUUAUUUAUCUAUUUAUGUUAUAUUUUCAUUUCCGCCCAACUAUGAAUCCUACUCUCCGAAUGACGUUCCGUUCGUGGCACAAUAGCUAACAUUCCAUCAUGAGCUUGGAACGCCUAGUUUUUCCCGUUAAAAAUCAAAAUGAGAUUUUUGCACUUGAUGCUAUUAUAUUUCUUACUUCAAUUUAUUAAAUCUUGUGUUUUUUUCUUCAAGCUAAAAGUAAUUCAUCGAAAUUAUCAGUGUGCAUUUUUCUCCAUUUUUAUUCUAUACUUAAAUUGUAAUCCUGCUGCAUUUUGAUCUGCAUUUUUUUUUAAAAUUAAAAUUCACCCCUUGAAUUUAGUUAUGUGCCUUAUUCACGUGGGUGCUAGCCUCUUUUUCUAGCUCUAGCUCUCACAGAUGUAAGAUUUCUAUUUAUUUAAAAUUUUAUAAUAUUUAUUACACAUGCAAAUGCAAUCUAUCUGUGAUUAACCAAUAACUGAUGAAAAGUGAGAAAAAAAUUACAUUGCAAAUUGUAAAUAUCUGCAUUUUCAGAAGUUUUAUUUUGAUAAUUUUUUUUUAUGGAAUUGUACAAUUAAGAUGGUAAUCGUUUUUCAAGACCUUUUUCAGCAGUUGCUGAAAGUAUCGAAGAAAAGCAGGUCAUAUGGAAUUUUUAGUUGAACUACCUAAAUCAUCAGUUUCAAUCUAAAUUCAUGUGAAAUGUUUCAAAAAGCUUUAAAUUUGUUUUUGAUGUAUUUUAACCAAUUUUUACCUACUUACACCAUCCGUAAGAUUCCUAAUUUAUCAAAUUCGAAUAAAUGACAUUUUACUUCUGA